AAAGAAGAUGCACAUGAAAUUUUUGCUCAUAAAGAAUAUAUCUUUGCACAGAAAAAUAGUAAAACACUAGAGAAAGAUGGGUAUGGUUUUAUUUUCUUCUUCUUUCUUACUAACCAUAUUCACAACUUGUGUUUAUGCAGCUAUAAACUCAUCAAACCCUUUGUCAAUAGGACAGACUCUGAGUUCCCCUGGUGGGUUCUAUGAGUUAGGCUUCUUCAGUCCUAACAAUACUGGGAAUCAGUAUGUUGGGAUCUGGUUCAAGGAAAUCAUUCCUCGAGUAGUUGUCUGGGUGGCUAACAGAGAUAAACCAGUUACAAGCUCUGCAGCAAAUCUAAACAUCAGCAGCAACGGGAGGCUGAUCUUAGUUGAUGAGAAACAAGUUGUUAUUUGGUCAACAGGGGAGGCUUCUCUCACAUCCAGCAGAUCUCACGCCGAGCUUCUAGACACUGGCAAUCUUGUUGUGAUCGAUGAUGUCUCAAGAACAACUGUAUGGCAAAGUUUUGAGAAUCUUGGUAAUACUAUGCUGCCUCAGUCAACGUUGAUGUAUGAUCUUUCCCAUGGCAAGAAGCGUGCAUUGACUUCAUGGAGAAGUUACAGCGAUCCUUCACCUGGGAACUUUUCUCUGGAGAUUACAUCACAAGUCCCUUUACAAGGCUUUAUAAAAAGAGGCUCAGUGCCUUACUGGAGAACUGGUCCAUGGGCGAAAACAAGAUUCACUGGGUUCCCACAGUUUGAUGAAUCAUAUGUAAGUCCAUUCAGCGUUGUCCAGGAUCUAGCAACCGGUACAGGAUCUUUCUCUUAUUCCAUUUUAAGAAACUUCAAUCUAUCCUAUAUUACCCUAACACCAGAGGGGAACAUGGAGAUUUACUGGGAUCAAGGCCAAAAAUGGAUGCAUCACCUUACAGAACCUGAACGCUCAUGUGACAUAUACGGUACUUGUGGUCCUUUUGGUUUGUGUGUGAGAUCUAGUAACCCAAAGUGCAUAUGCUUGAAAGGGUUUGUUCCAAAGUCAAAUGAGGAAUGGAGGAAAGGGAACUGGACAAGAGGGUGUGUGAGACGUACACAGCUCUCUUGCCAGGCGAAAUCACAAGGCAGAGACACAGACAUUUUCUAUCGUAUGACUAAUGUAAAGACUCCGGAUCUUCACCAGUUUGCAAGCUUUCUUGAUGCGGACAUGUGUUACCAGGGUUGUCUAGGUAAUUGUUCUUGCACAGCCUUUGCUUAUAUAAGUGGGAUUGGAUGCUUAGUAUGGAAUGGGAAGCUAGUAGACACAGUUCAGUUCAUGUCCAAUGGAGAAACUCUCUCAAUUCGUCUUGCCAGUUCGGAAUUGGCUAGAAGCAACAGAGCCAAGAUUAUAGUAGCUACUACUGCUUGCCUAUCCAUUUGCGCUAUCUUGGUCUUUACCGUAUUUAUGUUCUGGAGAUACAGAGCCAAACAAAAAAAACCAGCUCCUGUUGUCAUCAACACUUUACAAGAUGCAUGGAAGAAUGAUUUUGAACCACAAGAUAUCUCAGGUGUAAAUUUCUUUGAGAUGCAUACCAUAAGAAGUGCCACUAAUAAUUUCAGUUCCUCAAAUAAACUUGGUCAAGGUGGAUUUGGUCCAGUGUACAAGGGAAAGCUGAUAGAUGGGAAAGAAAUAGCCGCUAAACGCCUUUCAAGCAGCUCUGAUCAGGGUACAGGGGAGUUCUUGAAUGAAAUAAGACUAAUCUCAAAACUACAACAUAGAAACUUGGUUCGGCUUUUGGGAUACUGCAUUGAAGGGGAAGAGAAGCUAUUGAUUUAUGAGUUUAUGGUGAACAAAAGCCUUGAUAUAUUCAUCUUUGAUUCAACUCUAAAGAUGGAGGUUGAUUGGGCAAAGAGAUUUGAUAUCAUUCAAGGCAUUGCACGUGGACUUCUCUAUCUCCACCGUGACUCACGCCUUAGAGUCAUCCACAGGGAUCUGAAGGUCAGCAAUAUUCUUCUGGACGAGAAGAUGAAUCCAAAAAUAUCGGAUUUCGGAUUGGCUAGGAUGUUUCAGGGAACUCAAUAUCAGGACAACACUCGAAGGGUUGUGGGAACUCUAGGAUAUAUGUCUCCUGAGUAUGCAUGGGCAGGUUUGUUCUCAGAGAAGUCAGACAUCUACAGCCUAGGAGUUCUCAUGUUAGAAAUCAUCAGCGGCAAGAAGAUUUCAAGGUUCAGCUUUGGAGAUGGGAGCAAAGGUCUUCUUGCAUAUGCGUGGGAGUCUUGGUGCGAGACUGGGGGAGGGAGUCUUCUGGAUCAAGAUCUCACUGAUUCAUGCAACAUAUUAGAAGUUGCGAGGUGUGUUCAGAUUGGUCUUCUCUGUGUCCAACACGAAGCCUCGGACAGACCCAACACUGUUCAAGUACUGUCCAUGAUUAGUUCAAAAACAGAGCUACCAACACCGAAGCAGCCAAUAUUUGCGGCCCAGGCUCUAAACGAUGUGUUGAUGUCAGAGUCUGAGUCCAAACAUAUUUUCUCUGUCAAUGAGUUAACACAAUCUGUAAUCCAAGGACGAUAAAGAGUAUAUACAGACCUAUGUAAAUUCAUGAACCUAUGAUUUUUUGAGAUAUUGCAAAGUGAAAAAUUAAACUCA